UGAAAAUUAAAAUUGAAACAAGAUAAAUAGAAAUGAGAAAGAAGCAAUAGUCUUUUCAACAUCAAGAAGAGAGAUACACAUAAUAAUCUUCUUUUUCUUGAUGGAUGAUGAUGAUGAGAAUCAUGAUCACAAUGGCUCCACUAUCACCAUAAAUUAAACCCUUGUAGCAUUAUGUAUAUAUACCCCCAUUGCGAUCUUCUUGUAAUCAUACAAACUUCAGAGAACUGUCCUCCUCUCAGUCUAUUUUACUUACAUAAAAAGAAUCACAAAGAGAAUCUGUUUCAAAGUGAUUAGAGUAUAGGCUUUGACAAUUAUUAAUGGAAGGUAAAGGACGAGUCGGAUCAUCAACUUCUUCUUCUUUCACCACCGAACUCUUCGGCUUCAAAGAUCCUUCGCAGUCAUCUUCUUCCUCUGGAAUCUUCUCUUCUAUUUUCCCUCAUCCCUCCAAGAGUUCUCAGGGCUUUACAAGAGAUGGUUCAAGCUCCAAACAUGGCUCACAAGCUCAACGUAGAGAAUCUUCAACUACCCAAGAAGACAGAGUUGAGCCAUGUCAUCUAAGUUCUUCUCUUUACUAUGGUGGUCAAGACGUAUACUCUCGAUCCACCACCAACCAAAGUUACCCUACAGAAAAAAACGACCGUCUUAGAAGCGUAGAAAACGAUGCUAAUGGACAGAACUCGCAAGACGUUUCAAGAGGAGACUGGUGGCAAGGUUCUCUUUAUUACUGAAAAACCGGUUCCUUUAUUUGCUUUGUAAAUCUCUCCACAAACCAAUGAAGCUCAAGCCAAGUACUAAUUAUCUACCGAACCAAGACGUUGUAUAAAUAAGUUUAUGCAAAAAAACCGAUCAUUAAUUUAUCAGGCGAUUUCUAAGAUUAAAAAGUAAUAUUACAGAGAUCUCCUAGUAAAAGGGUCUUGAAUAGAUUGUCUAGUACUUGUUCUGAUCAGUAUUUUCUCUGCUUUUCCAA